AUGAUCAAAUAUGCAUGGAACGGAUAUAAAAAAUAUGCCUGGGGCGCUAAUGAGGUUCGACCAAUUUUAAAACAGGCACAUAAUCAAGAUAUAUUUGGUGGAUCGAAAUCGGAUCGAAAUAUGGCAGCAACUAUUAUUGAUGCUAUUGAUACACUUUGGAUUAUGAAUUUAACAAAGGAAUAUUAUGAGGCAAGAGAUUUUAUUAAAAAUGAAUUUAACAUCAAAAAUGUUACAAGUUAUAUAUCGAUAUUCGAGACGAAUAUCAGAUUUCUUGGUGGAAUGCUAGCCACAUAUGCUUUAACAAAAGACGAACUUUUCAAAUCUAAAGCAAUAGAAAUUGGUGAAGUGCUCAUAAGUGCGUUUAAAUUACCUUUAGGCAUACCAAAAUCGCUAUUAAAUCCACAAACAGUAGGACGGAUUGUUUUUUUUUUCAUUCUCAAUCUCAGUUCACAUUUUUUAAUAGGUGAAGCGAUUAAUUACGAUUGGGCAUACAGAAAAUCGUCGAUCCUGGCCGAAAUUGGUUCGUUUGCAUUGGAGUUCAAUUAUCUGUCUUAUUUAACGAAAAAUCCAAUAUAUCAACAGAAGGUUCGUGGCAUUCUUCAUCAUCUCAAUCGUGCUAAAAAAAUUGAUGGCCUCUAUCCGAAUUAUAUUUCUGCAGAAACGGGAAAAUGGGCAUUUAUGCAUUCAUCGCUAGGUGCAUUGGGCGACAGCUUCUAUGAAUAUCUCAUCAAAGGAUAUAUUCAAAGCAAUGAUUUACUUUCAUGGACGAUGUAUUUAGAAGCAAUUAAAGCUAUUGAAAAAAAGAUGAUCCUGAGGUCGAAAGAAGGAAUGGUUUAUAUUGGUGAAUGGAAGAAUGGUGUAAUCGAACGAAAAAUGAGCCACUUGGCCUGUUUUUGUAUAGGAAUGUUUGCUCUUCAAGCAAAACUGGAUAAUUCAGUACGAAAAGAAAGAUUACAAAGACUGGCUGAAGAACUAGGCCAUACUUGUCAUGAAUCAUAUAUUAAAUCUGCAACUGGACUCGGCCCUGAGAUGUUUCAUUUCAAGCCAGGAAGAGAAGCCAUGACAACUAACUCCGUGGAAUAUGCGUACCUUCUGCGGCCUGAAGUAAUAGAAGGAUGGUUUUACCUUUGGCGAUUAACAGGUAAAUCAAUCUAUAAAGAAUGGAUUUGGAACGCUAUACUAGCGAUUGAGAAAUAUUGCAAGAAGGAAGCUGGAUAUGCUGGUUUAAAAAAUGUUUAUAAUAUCAACGACGGAUGGGAUGACGCUCAGCAAAGUUUUUUCCUUGCCGAAACCCUCAAAUAUGCUUAUCUUGCUUUUAGCAAUAAUUCCAUAGUAUCAUUAAACAAAUGGGUAUUUAAUACAGAAGGACAUCCAUUGCCAAUUUUAAAAAUUUUGCCAAAAAAUCUUUAA